CCCACACCUGCCGACUGGCAACCCACUGCAACUGCAAGCAAUAACUUCAACCUUAAAACCCCCACACAAACAAAUUGCACUAGCGCUACGCCAGGCAACAAAGCAAAGCAAAACUAAACAAAAUAUCCAUGGCAGAGCAGGAUCCCGCGCCCGCCAGUGCGAGUUCCGCAACCGCCGCUGCGGCUGACUCACUCAUCAACCGAGACGAUGGCAUCAAAUACUGGGAGAGCAUCGACGCCGACAACAACGGCAUGCUCGGCGGAUUUGCGCACAUCUCCAAGAUCGACCUGCAGGGCUCGCGCAACUUUCUCGCCAAGCUGGGCAUUGGCCAGAAAGCCGGCCUGCGCAAGGUAGCCAGCACGCUCGAGGGAGGCGCCGGCAUCGGCAGGAUCACGCAGGGUCUGCUGGUCGACAUCUCAGAGCACGUCGACGUGGUCGAGCCCGUGGCCAAGUUCACAGCUCGGCUCGAGGGCGCGCCCGGCGUGCGCAGCAUCUUCAAAAUGGGCCUCGAGGCGUGGCAGCCGGCCGCCGGCACGCAGUACGACCUGAUCUGGAUCCAGUGGUGCGUCGGCCACCUGACGGACGAGCAGCUGGUGCUGUUCCUGCGGCGGUGCGCGACCGCCCUCGAGCCCGACGCCGGCCUGCUCGUCGUCAAGGAGAACAUCAGCACGUACGGCGCCGACGAGUUUGACGAGGUCGAUAGUAGCGUUACGAGGGAGGACGGGAGCUUCCGCAACAUCUUCAAGCAGGCAGGCUUGAAACUUUUGCGCGUCGAGCUGCAAAAGGGCUUCCCGCGCGGGGGCGCGGGCAGUUUACUGCCGGUGAGGAUGUAUGCGCUGAGGCCUGAAACCUGAUCUCCUCCUCGGCAUGCUUUUCACCUGCAAUCGAAUAAUGUGAAAGAGAGAAGGCGUCUGAUAUGAGAUCUCUCCUGGAUCCCCCCUUGCUCUCCCAUGUGAUUGAUAGAUGAGAGACUGUGGUUCAAAGGCCAUCCAAAAACCACCUCUGAUCCCUAGAUGGCAGCAUUUAUUCUCGCUCUACAUUCACAAAGUGACAAAUCAUUGCUUCGCACUCGAGCUAGAACCCUCCUUCUCAUCACCCUCGCCCUCCGUCUCGCCCUCCUCGAGAUGGACAUCAGCCA